AUGCUUCGCAAGUACUGCAUGCAUGAAUCACAUCCUGUCGCAACACCUCUGGACUGUAACAGUUCAUUAAAUAAAUUUACAAAUAGUAAUGUGGAUAUGAGGAAAAUUCCAUUUCAAGCGGCAGUUGGAAGUCUCCUUUAUGCUGCUCAGGCAACUCGGCCAGAUAUAAGUUUUGUAGUGAAUUUAAUGUGCCAAUUUUGCAACAGUGCUAGCAAAACACACUGGACUGCUAUAAAGCGUAUCAUGAGAUACCUUAGAGGGACCACAGGAGCCACGCUCAGCUAUACUAAAGACCAUGGUGAUAACGUUAUCGGAUACUGUGACUCCAAUUAUGGAGGUGACGUAGCAGAUAGAAGAUCUACUAGUGGGUAUGUUUUCAUGAUAGGUGGUGGAGCUGUGUCAUGGUCUAGUAAAAGACAACCCACAGUUGCAACAAGUACAACAGAAGCCGAAUACAUGGCUCUGUCUGCUGCUGCCAAGGAAGCUAUAUGGCUCGGAAAAAUUGUGACUGACUUGGGAAUUGCACACGUUAAUGGAAUAACUGUGUAUUGUGAUAACAAUGGUGCCAUCAACCUAAGUAAAAAUAAUAUGUACCAUACACGGAGCAAACAUAUUGAUAUCCAACAUCACUUUGUGCGGGAAGUGAUAAAGAGUGGUCAGAUUACUGUGGAACGAAUGCCAACUGCUAAGAUGAUAGCAGAUUUUUUAACAAAAACUGUGCCACGAGCAAAACACGAGCUGUGUGCUCAAUCAGUGGGUUUGACACUAUAA